UCCCUCCUCAAACACACACACUCCCUCACCCCGUCUGCUUCUCGAGCAUGGGCUGGCUGCUUUCUCUGCCUUCAUUGUGCAUCUUUGAGCCGUUCUGACAUAUGCGCUCCCCCUCUGCCUUCCCGCUGCUUUCUUUUUGCCUUCUUUCCAUCGACCCCUUUCCUCACCAGGGGAGCCAGUCUCUCUAAGUUUUUGUCCUGCUUUUUCCAGGAUACGAAAAAAGGAGCAGUAGCAGAGAUCACCGGCAGAGAAGACCGUAACCACAAAACAGGAAAAAGGAAGUGGGCAGUGACCUGUGCGAGAGGGGACUGGAGUCGAACAGCUGUGGUUCAACAGUUUUUGGAUGUUGGGAAUGAGAAAACCACAUCAGAGCAGUCUGCGAGAAGAAGAGCAAGGGAAAAAACUGAGACGGAGAAUCUGUUGGAUUCACACUUGAGGGGGGAAAAACCCUCUACAACCUGAGGACGAAAAGGAGAAAGACAUUUUGGUGAUAAAACACCAAAAAACUAGAAAUCUGACUUUUUUCUAAAAAACAUCAGAACCUGGAGUUUCUGUUUAGCCGAGUCAGACGUCAUCCGGUUGAAGAAAUACCAGAUCAGAAUCUGACCAGCAGCGGUUCUGAUCAGUCUGAACCCAGAAGACGGACCCACAGGUUCCCGACUUGGAGUGACCUGGAUUUUUUUUCUUACUUGUAAGCUUAAAGCCCAAAGUCUUAGCAAAAGCCGAGGUUCUUCAAUAAUCUAAUUCUUAAAUAUUCUGGGAUCUGACUUUGGAAGUGUCCUUGGAAUUAUAUCUUUGCGAUACUUGUUGAAGAGACUUCAACAGACUUUCUGAUUCCCGGAAAAGGUUCAGUCAAAGGCUUUGGAGGAAAUAGCUACUUCAGCUGAAAUCUCUUACAUUGAUGAAAACACCUGUUUCUAGAGUUAAAGCAGACUGUCAGCAUAUUCGAUCAAGCACGCAAUCGCUAGAGGAUUUGGGCUUCACCAAGACAAGAGUCAAACCAGACAAUGGCGUGGCUCCAGGUGCAGACAGCAGGACUCCUUCUCACUUUGGCGCUCCAAUUCUUUGUCAUCGUCGCUCCAGACACUGGUCUUCCUGGGAUGGUACCAGAAAGACCAGACUCGGUUGACAUUGUGAAGAAAGAGUCCCAUCCGGUGCUGGUCAGACAGAAGAGGGAUUGGUUGUGGAAUACCAUUUCUGUGACAGAAGAGAGAGAGGAACCCAUCCCUUACAAGAUAGGACAGCUCCGGUCAGACCGAAAAGUGGCAGUGAGGACGUUUGCAAUAGAAGGUGAAGGAGUGAACCAAACCUUCAUUGUGGACAACAAAGGAAACCUGUAUGUCAAGGAGCGUCUGGACAGAGAGAAGAAGGCCUUGUAUCAUCUGACAGCCAGGAUGUACGAUGGAAACGGCCUGUUGAUAGAGGACGCUGGGGAAUUUGCUAUUGAAGUGAACGAUAUCAACGAUAACUGCCCAGUUUUUCAAGAAGAGUACAAAGGAUCCGUCAUGGAGAGAACAAAAGAUACAGUGGUUCAAGUGAAGGCGACCGAUGCAGACGACCCAAACACGGACAACGGACAAGUCAGGUACACUCUGCCCAAUGGCCGGACUUCUGGUUUAUUUGAAAUCAACUAUGAAACAGGUGUGAUCACCUCCAAGGUAAGCAGCCUGGACCGGGAGACAAAGAGUCAGUAUAUGGUGGUGGUCCGGGCUCAGGACAUGAAAGGAAGGGAGUCUGGCUGCAUUGCCACCACCUCAGUGGCCAUCACCAUCACUGACGCCAAUGACAACAUAGCGUCUUUUACCAAAAGAAAAUAUGAAAUAAGUGUCCCAGAAAAUCUUAAAGUUAAUGAGAAGAUUGCCGUGCUGGAGUUAACAGACUUAGACGAGGACGAGAACAAGCAGCCCAUCUUUUCUAUUCCAAGUGGCAAUGGGAAGGUAUUCAGCUCCAAACCCAGUAAGGAUAACGACUGCAUACUGGUGCUCAAACAGGCUUUAGACUACGAGACGCAGAAUAACUACACCUUCACUGUCAGGGUGGAUGAACGGCUACAAUUUUCUCCAGCAGAAAACCUCAAUGUCGCAAAUACAACGGCACAGGUGACCAUAAAGGUGACGGAUGUGGACGAGCCGCCGGUUUUCACUCGCUCCGUCUAUAACUUCAGCGUUCAAGAGGAGCAGAUGGAAAAAACAAUAUUGGGGAGAAUUCAAGCCAGAGACCCGGAUGGAGUCAGGAAGCGCAUAGAGUACUCCAUCCUGGAAACGGGCUUACCCUUUAGGAUCGACCCGACCACUGGUCAGCUGUCGGUUAUGAGGAGGCUGGACAGAGAGGUGGAGGAGCAACACAUGUUUAAAGUUAAGGCACAAGAGGAGAACGGCGGCCUGGCGUCAUUUGCUGAGAUUUUUGUAACGGUUCUGGACGUCAAUGACAAUCCACCUGAACUGACUGCCAAUGAUAUAUUUGUGUGUGAGAACGACGUCAGAAACACGGUGAUCGGUAUCUUGGGAGCCUCGGACAAAGACGAUCAAGCAGCUAGCUUCACUUUCAGUCUUGCUCUUCCCAGCUCCAACUUCUCCAUCAGAGACCACAGCAAUAACACGGCUGCUUUACUGGUGAAGGAGGGCCCCUUCAACCUGGAGGAUUCCAGUGAUUACAGUGUGGAAGUGCGCAUCAGUGAUGGAGGCCAGCCUCUCAUGAGCAGCAUCACCAAACUGCAAAUCAAGUUAUGCCAGUGUGACGCCAAGCGAGUUUUUUCAAGGUGUAAGGCCAGUAUGCAGAGGAUGGGGGUCAGCGUCCAGGCCCUGCUUGCCAUACUGCUGUGCAUACUGACCAUACUGGUGAUAGUGAUCCUGAUUGUGAUGAGGAAACAUUAUCAGAAGGAUUCUUUGGCCAGUAUGAAGAACAGCGGUGAGAUCCAUGAGCAGCUGGUCACAUAUGAUGAGGAAGGAGGAGGAGAGAUGGACACAAAUGGCUACGACGUUUCAAUUCUCACCUCGGCGUGUAACGACAGCUCCCUACUCCGCCACCCCGACCGCCGCUCCCACCCCUCCAUGUACGCCAUGGUCCAGAAACCCCACCACCUCUCUCAGCCCACAGCCUGCAAAGGCGACAUGGCAGCCAUGAUCGAUAUGAAGAAAGACGAGGCCGACCACGACCGAGACGGAUUCCCAUAUGACACUCUACACAUCUAUGGCUAUGAGGGACCAGAGUCUCUGGCGGGAAGCCUCAGCUCUCUGGACAGUUCCUCCUCAGGAUCAAACUUGGAUUACGACUUCCUCAAUGACUGGGGGCCGAGGUUCAAGGCACUGGCUGAGCUGUAUGGCGUGGACGGUGCCGACUACUACCAUCAGUACUGAGAGCAAACUUGACAACCCCCCCGCCAAGUGCCUCACAGGUUCACGUCUAGUUGAAAAUAGCCAUAGAAAUAGGACAGACAGAAGCAGGAAACAGAAAACAGGAACAUCUCCUUACAGCAGGCAGACAGCCGAGCGUCCCCAAGACACUUCACCAAACACAAUUUUGUUUUCACUCUGUUAUCAUGUGUGAUUCAGCAAUCCAUUUUUGUUUGUGUCGCUUACCUAUUCACUCAUAAUCACUAAGCAACCUUCAUCAACAUCCAGGAGGUUCCAACACGAUGAAUGAAGUUGACGUGGGUCAGGAUUUUACUUUAUGCUCUAAAAAGCUGGAAAAAACUCGCCAAAAUAAGACUUUUGUUUCUCACUAAAGGGCAGAGAGGCAGUAGGGAUGGUGUGAUAUGAAACUAUUGGUGUUUUAAAACUUUAACUUUUGUAAUUGUUUGUACACCUUGUAAACCUAAUCAGAACUGAUCUGGGAUUAUGAAUUUGUUAAUGUUAGUCAUGUUCUUAGUAUAUACUUUUACUCCAAUAUGAAGCAACUUUUUUGAUUACACACAAAGUGUUGCUGAUAAAUCCCUUUUUCUUCACCUAUUCAAACUUUUGAACAAGUUUUCUAAAUGUGAACACAUUCAUAAACUCUUGGACUUGAUGUGAUUUUAUAUGAAGUAUGAAACCGUAUAGACUUCCCAACAUGGACUCUUAUCCUUAGAUAAGACUUCCUCUCUUAAGAGAAAGUCUUAUAUUGAUUUCAGUCCUACUUGGAAUGUUACACACUCCAAGUGAAAGCAACACUUUUCUGAACUUUGUUACUUUCAAAUAGGAUUGCUUGGGGAUUUUAAUGAACAACAAAAAAAAAAAAACACAGGAAUUUGAGCUGUGACGGUUUGGAGGUGUUUGAUCACAGCGAGGUGACGGCUGGCUUUUCUUUAUCUGAGACAUUAUUAACAUCCAUCUUUGGCUCUGAGCUCCAGUGGGUUUUCUCAGUGAUAUUUAAUGUCUUCAUGGAGCAAAUAAGUAAUUUUUCUUCUUUUUCGCUCACCAUCGGGUGUCUAAGCAGCAGUCAUGUUUAAAACUUUUAAAAUGAGUUAAAUUUAGCCCAUAUUUAGAUUUUUAUGGGUUAAAACCUGAACAUAAAGGCCAGUUUGGUUACCAAGGUGUUGUGUGCCUUCAUAGGCCAGACUUCCUCUGUGCUGAGAAAACUAGACAAUAGAAAGACGGAAAGGAAAUGGCUCUACUGCUGCUCUGACAGAAUUACAGCUUGUUCCUGGCUUUUAUUUGACAGAACUCAUCAUCACAGUUAUUGUUGUGAUGAAAGCUGCGUCCUCAGAGGCAGAGUCAAACAAACCUAAUUGACUCGGAUCAGGAAGCAGAGAGCAGCAGCUGCAGCUUGUUGGGCUGCAGUGAUGUGCCUGAUGUGCUUUGAUAACUUUAACCUCUCAGCCUCUUCGGCUUCUGUCCGCUCAUCGAACCUCCAACUUAAAAUCAAAGUUUUCUUUGGCUGAUUAUUGAUCUGUGGCUCAGAUUUGUUUUUAAGAACAGCAUUCAAAAUAUUUUUGACUUCCUGAAAUGAGUCAGUAGUUCAUAUGAAAGAUGGUGUCGUCUCGCCGUGUGUGAGAGAGCAGUCACUGUAGAACAAAAUUUUAAUGUUAUUUUUACAAAUGCACCAUAUAUAUUAGCAAUAAUAUCUGUAUUGGACAAUAUUUGUCAUUUUUUAGCAUAUCAGUAUCGGUCUGUUAAAUACACAUUUUCAUAUAGGUUCAUCCUAAAGAACGUUUUAAUUAAAUUAUUACAAAUUUCCAAUUGAGCCAUAGACAACAACCUACUAAGUCACCAUGUUAAGCUAGUUGUUUUUGCUAGAUUAGCAAAAACAGCUGUGUACAUUUGUAUUCGCCUGACGAUCUCCUAACUUUUCCUUAAAGAUUUGACAGAAGCUGCCAUUAUUUCCAAAUACUCCAUAAUUCCUGACAGACUGAAGGUUUAAACCUGAACAGCUCUGUUUAGCCUUCCUGUUAUCUCCUGAAACAGUCUGUCUCUCUGCCUGCAAACACAUGUCAUGAUAUAGUGGCUGCUUGUAUUCAACAUGCUGAAUACACAGCUUCAGCUUAAUUAGAUUCUUACAACUCUGUUGUGCUAUAAUUUAAUUUCAAAUACUUUGAUACUGCAAGUUAGCUUCUAGCUGUCUUCAUUCAGUAAUAGCAUCCACAUCAAAGAGUUUUGGCCUCAAUCUGACUUGGCAGUGCGUUCGUACUAUUUUUGACUUUCUGCCUGAUGAGUUACUGAUCAGAGCCAAACAAACUGAAAUUCAUCUAAUUCUGGUCUCAAGUCAAUUUUUUGUUUCAACUUUUGUUGAUUUUUAGUGCAGAUAUGGAAAAUAAUGAAGACCUUGUAGGGUACAAAAUGCAGUUUUAAGAAUCUUGAAGGCUUUGCUGAGACUCAUAGCUAUCGAUGCUGAAUUCCUCCUGUUCUUAUUAUUGCCACUUAUUUUUCCCACAACUUGCAGAUACACUUUAAUGGAAAUAUGAUUCAGUCACUUUGCUAAAAACAUCAACGGAGUGACAGAUAAUCAAUAGAUAAAUGAGACCAAAGCAGCUCUUUCUCAGAACAGUUUAUAUGGAGAAUGAAAACGAAACGUAAAGUCACAUUUUUAUUUUUGUGUUAAGUUUUAUGCUGAUAUACAAAUCAAAGUUACAAAUCUUGACUAAUCCAAUCCUGUUUGGACCUCACACAUUACAUUUACAGUAUAUACUGUAUUUCCAUGUGAAUAACUGGUAGCAACAAAUCAUUCAAAAUGUCUCUCUCUUUUCUUUGGGACAUUUUGAAUGAACGUUCUCUGCUGGGUUUCUGGCUCCUGGGUAACUGGAGUAAUCAGGAGUAACUACUCCCCCACAGACCUCCUGACCUUUAACCCUGGCCUAUGGAGCAACUGGCUGAGAGCCUGACUAUUACUCAUUACCAUUUAAAUAAUAACAGGCUGGUCAUAAAUGAUGGCUUCUGCCAUUAAAAACUCAUUCAUAACCGGCCAGAAAGCAAAAAGGUCACUAACUGUGUGCAGUAAUGACAUCACGCCGUUGUUCUGAAAAUCCACUUUGUGCGUUACUGACGGCUCCUUUGUUUAGAAAUGUAUUUUUUCUCUCCAGCUUUAGUUUAUUUGCUCUGCUGUUUAUUCUGUUUUUCUUGGCCUGCAGUGCUUCUUUAAAAGACGGACCUGCUGGAAAUGUCACAGGAUAAACGUGGGAACAAUAGCUGGAAGCCGACUCUGCUUACUUCACUUUUAUAUUUAUAUACAAUGAGAGCAGAAUGUUGCCGUAUCUGCCCGCUUCCCCCUUUUUUUUGUCCUUUAAUCAGCUAAAGCAAACAGCGGACCCAGCUUCCUGUCCAUCUGGGAGCUGGCCCCGCCCUUUCCUGUCUGCAUUAUCUCUCGUAUUGUGUUGACUUCCUGUUAGGAGGAGGUGGGAAGUGUCUUGGAGGGGAAGAGGGAGCGAUUUGAGUAGAAACACGGGAUGAGGGGAAGGAACGGGGGUUAGAGUGGGAUAAGGAGGGACAAGGGGAGAGGAGAAACACUAAAGAACAAAAUGUCUGAUGAAAUAUUGGGGCAUAACACAAAACAUGAGAAAAACCUUCUUUAUGAAGCAUUACAUUUCUUUUCCGAAAUCUAAAUUUCAGAUGAAUCUUAAAAUAAUGUGAGAAAUUAUCAUACAAUAUACAUGAAAAUGUAAACAGUUUUAGGCCAUAAAAUCAAAAGGACCAAAGUUGGGAUGGGAAGAAAACACUGGACUGGAGCUUUUUUUUUUAAAGGUUUUAUUGGCUCUAGCCUUUGUUUGAUAGUGAAUUGACAGGAAAGUGGGUAAUGAGAGAAGGGGAGACAUGCGGCAAAGGUCACUAGGCCUGGAAUCGAACCUGUGACGGCCGCGUCGAGGACUGAGGCCUCCUUAUAUGGGUUGGAGGCCUUAGUUGGAGACUAAGGCCCAACUAAGGGGUACUAUGAUGCUAUGCACCCCUGGGCUGGUGCAUUUAAAAUCCCUACAAUGUAUCAGUGUUAUUUUGACAUAUUUUAGAACUCAUUACACCCUUUAAUCUGUCAUGUAUUGUCAUCAUUUAUGUAUUUACGCUUGUUUUUGAAAACAGUGUGUAUGUCUAAAAAAUAGAAAAGGAUCUGCCAGACAACACACAAGUUCAGUAUGUUUUUUUCAUCAAGAAAUGUUUGCUGAACAGUUUUCUUGCAGAAAAUGUACAGACAUUUUUAAAAGAUGAAGAUGAGAAAUUGAAUGCACCUUUUGUUUUAUAAAUGUGACUUGUGUGUUAGUGUAUGCACUCGGUUCGAGUGGUUGUCGUUUCACAAACCACUGAGAUUUGUAAAUGAGCUCACAACUUGAGAAAGGUUUUUAUUUUCCGUAAAAACUUUAAGAGAAAUGAUGGGAUUUUUAAAUAUGUCAUGGCAAAAGCAAUCUUAUUAAUGUUAGUAUAAAACCAAAUUAGUUGGUCUUGGAGGAAACUAAUGGCUAAUUAAAGAAGACUAAAGGAGACAACAGUGUGAAAAGUGUCCUAAAGCAAACAUUAUUUUAAAACCUUUAAACCAUUGACAUGAGCAUUCGCAGGUUAUUGGUAAAGAAGCCACAAACAGAAAGUGGAGGUUAACAUUUUGUGAAAAUGGAACAUGUGAAACAUUUCAAGUCAAAGUAACAACUUAAACUGAGAAGCAUUUUAAAAAUCUAUGGAGUUCACUUGAGCUGCUGUAAUUAUUAUUUUUUGCUUUUUACGUUAUAUAGACAGCUACUGUAACUGGAAAUACCAUUUUCAUUCUCAGUUUGGAAGAUCAUCAGGUUGGCGCACAACCUCCAACCUCUAUUUUUUGUAAUAAUCAGCGACUUCUGUGUAAAUAACUACCAAAUUGAAACAUGACUUUGAUUUGAAGGUUGAUAAAAUAGCUUUUGCAUAAACUGCCCUAAGAUUUUUGAAAAUUUUAAGUUGUUUAAACCAAUAGAAGCCCGCUUUUGUUUUGGUCUGCCUUUAGUUUGACCUUCUGCUUUAAUAUGACUUUAUAGUAAAUGAAGAUACUAAGACUUAUUCUCUCCAUAUAACCUUUCAACAUAAGAGCUCUUCAAAAUAUAUCCAUUAAAAAUAGCUAAAACAGUUGUAGGAUAUUAAUGGUGUUUCUUUUGUCAAUAGAAAAACUCCGCUUGGAUUCAGACAAUAAAAACAAAUGUCUCAGGGUGGGAUCCAGGCAAAUAACAUUGUUUUACAUUUAUAACAAAACAAGCAAAAACAUCUCUAGAAUUAAUAACACUGGUCUAAAAUGAACUUAUUUGAAUAUUUUGUGCAUUCCUCAAGAGAUUUUACUUUGAGAAAAUCUAUGUAGAAAAAAAUGUGCCCAACAGCAGUAUUUGCUUUUCUUUGUUAUUUCUAAAUUUGGCAUUUUUUUAUUUAUGAAAAAAAAAAUCUACAGAAAAUUGCUUUUGAAGAAUGGGCCAUAAUGAUUGGUUUUAGUCUCCAUUGCAUUCAUGUACAUACACAUACACGUCAAUCACAUAGAAGCAACAAUGUUUUUUUUCUUUAUGUAAAUAUGGAGGUUUGUAGGGGAGAACCAUGUGCCUUCAUUCUUAAUAUAUACAUAUAUAUAUAUAUAUAUACACACACACUUUUUUAUGGUUAACACAACAUUUUCUAUGUUAUUUUAUGGUGUAUAGCAGCUACUUUUUAUUACCUGCCAUUAUUUGUAAGUGUAGCUACAAAAUAAAUGCCAAAAAAGUC